AUGAACAUUGUAUAUUGGAUAUUCCCAGAAACAAAGGGCCUAGAUUUAGAAGAAGUGGCGCAAGUUUUUGGCGAGGACGUUAUUCGUGAAUAUAGGGCUAGUGAUGAAGCUCUUGAAUAUGGUACAGAUGCCGAUUUAUUUAAGUCUGAAGGAUUUGUGGAUCAUAUUGAAGAUAAGAAUAAAAGGACCUUGUUUAAUUUAUGUUAUGCUUCUUUAUUUUUUUAA